AUGACAGUUGACACGUUUGGUUUUAACAACACUACGGAGAUCGUAUACAUGGCGCGGAGGUCGCAUAUCACCUCAGGUAUUGAAAAGGCCUACAGAAAAAUCUGCAGCAGUAUAGAUGCGAAGUCACUUUGGCGUCCAGAAUUCGGUUCUUAUAUGAUUGAAGGAACGCCAGGGAAACCAUACGGAGGUCUACUCGUACAUUUUAAUAUAGUAGAGGCAAACAUGAAAAAUCGCCGAGCUGAAGCUAGUGGUCUCUUAAAAGAUGGUGAAGUUUUAAUGAGUAUUACAAACUUUCCUAGACUAGGCUGUCCAAAGUUCACCAGUCCACCAUAUACCCCGACGCCGGAUAAAGGUGUAACGAGGUCAUAUUUCUUUCCUGAUGAGGGAAUAUUUCAUGGACAUCCGCGUUUCAAGACACUAACUUCAAAUAUACGGAAAAGAAGAGGAGAAAGACUGGCGAUAAAUGUUCCAGUUUUUCGGGAUACAAACACUAAGAUUCCAGUGGACGAUUCACACAAACUCGCACCAGGGAUAGCGCUGCCAGACUGCGUGUAUAUGGAUACUAUGGGUCUCGGCAUGGGCUGCUGCUGUCUGCAAGUAACCUUCCAGGCUUGUGGCAUAUCCGAGGCUCGCACUCUUUACGACCAACUGGCACCAUUGUACCCCAUCAUGCUUGCGCUCUCUGCCGCGGCGCCGAUCUUCCGCGGCUUCCUCACCGACGUGGACUGCCGCUGGAACGUGAUCUCCGCGUCGGUGGACUGUCGCACGCGCGAGGAGCGCGGCCUCCACCCGCUCAAGAAUAAUAAGUUUUGUAUCUCUAAGUCCAGAUACGACUCCAUCGACUCCUACCUCUCGCCUGAACAUGAAAUAUUAUUCGUUGCAACUUGUGCGUCCGUUUUCAGCAGAUAUAACGAUAUACCCAUAAUAUACGACCCAGCAAUCUACCGACGUCUGCGCGAGGGAGGCAUCGACCAUCAUUUAGGUUGCAUGUCGCGCAUCUUUUUAUACGAGAUACCAUUUCUUUAUUCUCAGAGAAAGUCCACCAGGAUGAUUCUAACGAUACAGAUCACUUCGAGGUGUACUAGGGGAGUAACUCGCGUGUAU